AUGAUUAUAUGAAUAUGAGGAUAAUUCAAAAUAUGUACUUGUAGUUUGAAAUAUUUAGAGACUGUAUUUAUGUUUAUUUUAAGUUGAUAAAAUGAAGAAAAAAAGUGCUGGAAAGAAACAAAGAGUUGUAAUUUCAUUUGAUGAGGAAGCUCGAAAAGAGUAUUUGACUGGGUUCAGAAAACGCAAAACAGAAAGAAAAAAUAAAGCAAAACUGGAAAUUGAAAGAAAACUUAAAACUCAAAUAAACCAAGAAAGGAAUAAGAGAAGAAAAGUAAUGCAAGAAAAGGUCAAUGAAAUAUUAAAACAUGUUGAGAUGCCAUCUGACAGUUUGGCCUUAGAUUCAACAGUUGACAAAGUUGAUUUUGGCAGUCAUGAAGUUCUUAUAAAAUCAGACAUUAAUUUUUCAGAUACAGGGCUUAUCGUAACCAAUAAUGAGAGUGAAAUUUUUUUGGAGUCAAAUGAAGCGAAUGAAAAUAAAAAAGUUGUCAAAGCAAAACCUCCAAAGCGAGUGAAAAAUGUUUAUGGUCAAAAACAUGGUUUCAACAGUUUUAAGGAUAGAAAAAACAAUAACAAAUUUAAAAAAGGGAAAAAGUUUCAAUCUAAAGGUGAAAGAAAAGCUUGAAAAUGAUGCAACAUUUAUAGAAUGCAACAUUAAAAAAAAAAUGUCUGCUGUCGCAAAAUAUUCAUUAACAAGAUUUUGAUCGGUAGUAAAAUAUAUAUAUUACAAAACAUCUGAAACGUUUUAGCGACAAACAUGGUUUAUUGGACGAGUUUUUUUCUGCACAAAACAUUAAAAUAUAUGUUUAUGAAUAAUAUUCAUAAGAUAUGCUGUAAAUAUUUAUAAAAUGUAUUACAGAUUUUGAUUGAAUGAGUUUAAAAUAAUUUGAAAA